CAGAGCUUCGCCCACCGCCUGUCAGGGGUAUUUGCAGACCUCUCCAAAGCUUUGAUACCGAGCACGCGUAGCCGCAUUCAGUCACGCGAUUAGUAUCCAACUUGCCCAGAAUGGCUUCUUCAUCGUCGAACGUUGUGGGGGUGCACUACAGGGUGGGGAAGAAGAUCGGGGAAGGCUCCUUUGGCGUGAUCUUUGAGGGGAUGAAUCUCCUGAACAGCCAACAGGUCGCCAUCAAGUUUGAACCAAGGAAGAGCGAUGCCCCUCAGCUCAGGGAUGAGUAUCGGACAUACAAGAUCCUUGUUGGCUGCCCUGGUAUUCCCAAUGUCUACUACUUUGGUCAGGAAGGUCUUCACAACAUCCUGGUUAUCGACUUGCUUGGCCCAUCGCUCGAGGACCUCUUUGACCACUGCAACCGGAGGUUUAGUCUCAAGACUGUCGUCAUGGUCGCAAAACAGAUGCUAUCUCGAGUCCAAACCAUCCACGAGAAGAACCUGAUCUAUCGAGACAUCAAGCCCGACAAUUUCCUGAUCGGAAGACCAGGCACUAAAACUGCCAAUGUCAUCCACGUUGUCGACUUCGGCAUGGCGAAGCAAUACCGUGACCCAAAGACGAAGCAGCACAUCCCGUACCGGGAACGCAAGUCGCUCUCCGGAACUGCUCGGUACAUGAGCAUCAACACCCACCUUGGCAGAGAGCAAUCGAGACGAGACGAUCUCGAGGCGCUGGGCCACGUUUUCAUGUAUUUCCUCCGGGGUGGUCUGCCUUGGCAGGGCCUCAAGGCUGCGACGAACAAGCAGAAGUAUGAGAAGAUCGGUGAGAAGAAGCAGACAACUCCCAUCAAGGACCUGUGCGAGGGCUUCCCGGAGCAAUUCGCCCACUACCUUACCUACGUGCGCAACCUUGGUUUCGAGGACACUCCCGACUACGACUAUCUGCGGGAUCUCUUCACGCAGGCCCUGAAGGAAGAAGGCGGCGUCGAGGAUGGCGAGUAUGACUGGAUGAAGAAGCAGGACAAGAAGGGGGACUGGAACCGCCAACCGCUGCACGACCCAAACUCGCGACCGGGGCCCUCGGCCAUGGAAAUCCACGGCAACUCGCGGGGGAACACCACUCGUCACCAAAGCGACCCGCAAGCCCCGGGACUGACAGCGGCCCGUUUAAACGCCACGCAGCCCCCGCUGCCGCGCCAGGCGAUAGGCCAGUCACAGAAACAAGGGCGGCCAAACGGCCCCGGAUUGGCCAGCCCGCGAUCGGCGGUUGGGGGUUACAUGGCAGCCGCGCCGACGCCCACGGGCUCGACCCAGGCGCAGUUCCAGAACAGCAACCAGAACCUGCCCCAGCGGCCAAUGACCCAAUCACCCCAGAUGAACACCCCGGCCCAGCCGCAGAAUAGCGCGCAGCCGCAACCGACGGGCUUCCAGAAGUUCAUGAAGACGCUUUGCUGUGGCUAGGGGCCUGGGGUCUGAUGCAUGAUCUUUGUUCAAUGUUCUGGCGUCCUGUUGACGCGAGGCGGCAGCAGACGGCAUGUUCUAUAUAGAAGGCUUUUCCGGGGACGAGUCUUGCAUGAUUUUGCCUGAAACAUGCGCAUGCGUUUUUCG